AUGUUCAUCCAUCUCCUCAUCUUCUGCUCCAUUUUUCGAUUCAAAUCACUGCUCCAUCUCUCAUCUUCUUCCUCGUCCCUUCAUUCAUCAUCAAUCACGGCGGCUAAUUUUUCGUCCUCCUCCCAGAGCUCGUCCGAUUUUACCCCCGCGCAUCCGUUUACAGUGGCCGGAGGAUCAUCUGCGCAUCGAUGCCCCGGGUUCGAUCUGUUGGUAAACGCGAUUCACCAGGUGGAGGAGGCUGCAGCAGGAUCUGGAGUUUGGCAUCCUGGCCUUCCUUGCUUGUUUCACCUUCACAGACUCUGUAUGGUAGCUUGA